GUAAUAACAGCAACAACAAAUUGUUUAAAUUUCAAGUAGAAUCACAAAAAUUAUCAAUAUUUUUAUAUGUUGAGACGAGCGGCUGCAGUUUUUUGGUUCGUUGUCUGAAAACCAACACCAACAACAAAACAAAAGGAAACAACAGCAAUUACAGCAAUAGAAGCGGCAGCAGGAGCAGCCUCACCAAGAAUGACAGAACUCCAAUUGGACAAGAGCCUGACAGGCGACGUUGAUGACGCCGACGCUUCUGUCGUCAAGGCCAUAACAACAGCAAUACCAACAACAACAACAACAGCAACAGCACCACCGGCAGGUACAACAACACCUAAGGUCACGACAAAGCGUCGUCAAUUUGCCGAAGGAGAGGCCGAAGAAGGUUUUCUCUCCACCUCACCGGACAGCGCCAAUGGGGAUGCACACGCACACGGACACACGCGUACGCACCACACACACACACACGUGCAGCCACGCGAACUGCAACAGAGCAACGGCAACGGCAACGGCAACAGAGACCUAACAGAGCCACUCGAUGCCAGCGCUCUGCUACAGCAGGCGUUCUAUCAGUGCAGCUGCACGGAUCAAUGCGUGUCCCUGAACAACAUAUUGGACUGCUUCAAGGCGCCGGUGUCCGAGGAUCAGGCCUGGGCGCUAAUCUAUCAGUUCAUAUCGUUGUACCUGAAGGUGGCCGAGCAGGCGCUGCACUGCAGCAGCGACGACUACGAGGCGCACCUGCCCACACGGUUCGAGCUGCAUUUGCAUCGCGACGGCAGCGUCCACUUUUCAGGGCAGGAGCAGAAACAGCAGCUGAAACAGUCGCCGGCUGAGCUGCAGCACGAUGACAGCGCCAGCAGCAGCGGCGACAGCAGCGUCGUCAUGGACAGAGCCUUUGACAACAACAAUCAUCAUACGCCGCUCGUCUCCGCCCAUCGAAAGAUCAUUAACGAACUGGCGGAAGUUGUUUAUGCCGCAUUGGAUUAUAACUUUCCAGAGGACGAGGAAUGCCAAAUGUCGCAAGAGCUUGAGAAUCUCUUUCAUUACAUGACAGCAGAUGAAAAUGACGAUGACUGCAUUGAUGAGGGCAUUGAGGAGGGCGACAAGCGCUGGGACGACGAGACGGAGGAGGAACGCAACAAUACCAAAGAACUGGAGCAUAUAAUCGAGACCUGCAGAAAUCAUAUAAAGCCCGCAUUACCAGAGAACCACUAUAAAGCCGUCUGCCGUGCGCUGGUAACGGAAACAAUAGAGCUGCGAAUAUUUCUGCAGCAAAUUCUAAACAAUGAUACCGGCAAAUUAAUAAAGGCAUCAGAAUCAUCUCAGAGCACGCAGUGUGAGCUGGCGAAGCUGGGCUUCAACGACUGGGCACGCUUCUGGGUGCAGGUUAUCGAUGAGCUGCGACGCGGCGUUCGCCUGAAGAAGCGCAACUAUGAACGCACGCCCAUCGAAUACGAGCUGACGCCCUAUGAGAUACUCAUGGGCGACAUACGCGCCAAAAAGUACCAAUUGCGCAAGGUGAUGGUCAAUGGUGAUAUACCGCCGCGCGUGAAGAAGGAUGCGCAUGCGAUGAUCUUGGAGUUCAUCCGGUCACGGCCGCCAUUAAAGAAGGCCUCGGAACGCCAGCUAGGUCCCCCACUGAAGUGCACGCCCUCACCCCGGGAGCAGCUCAUGGAGUCCAUACGUCAGGGCAAGGAACUCAAGCAAAUAACCCCGCCAAAGAUAGAGAAAUUGCUUCCAAAUUCAACAAACUCAACGUUGUCGCGCUCACGGCAGCGGCUCAUCAAAGUGGAUUUCUCAAAACUGCAGGAUGAUGAGCUGAACUUCGAUGACUCCAGCAUUAGCAGCAGCAACGCCUCCAUUGCAACGGCCACCGAAUCGCAUCGCUUCACUCAGCCCAAAAUGCCGCCAUAUCCCAUUGGCGGCUACUUUGGCUCCCAGAUGAGACAGGACUCGCCGGCAAUGCUACUGCGACCCAGACGCACAAAGGAACAGCAACAACAACAGCAACAGGACGAAUGUGGCAGCAGCUUCGAUAAUGCGCUGGAAUCCUUCGACCUGAGCGCACAGAACGAGGCGAGACGCAGCUCUGUGCGCCGUCACACUAUCGUUGGCUGCCAGAGCAACCUGGAUGAGACGCACUCGAUGCCACCCACGCGGCCCGAGUCGCGUCAGUCGGAUGACGUAAGUGGCUCGUCCAAAGAGCUGUUGAAAAAGACACCCGAGGAGCUGCAGUCACUGGACCAACAGCAGCAGCAGCAGCCGCAGCAACAGCUGCAGCAGCAGCCACUCGCCACGUCUGGAGCUGAUGAGACGGCGUCGCAUUCAACAUCCUCGCUUGGCCCAUGGAACAAGUCCUUUAUGGACAAACAGACCUGGAUGGAACGUGGGGAUGAUCGUCUGUCCGUUACGCUAGCGGAGAUCGUUCACAUACGUUCCGUCAUGACCAAAGCCGAGCUGGAGGGCCUGCCCAUGGAUGUGCGCGUCAAGGAGGAUGUUGAAAAGCGUCGUGUCUGCUUUCUGUGCCUGCGCACUCGCUUCUCCUUCUUCGGCCCGUGGGGCAUUCAGUGCAAGCUGUGCCAACGCACCGUCUGCGCCAAGUGCUACACCAAGAUGCGUAUACCCUCGGAGCACUUUCGCAAUGUGCCACUGGUGCUGAUCUCACCCUCGUUGCUGUCCAGUCCGGCCAGCUCGAAUACGCCAUCGCCAUCGCACCACGCCCACCACAUGCACUCCUCAUCCACGGGCAACAUCAUGGACGAUCAGUUCCCCAAAUCUUUGAUCGAGCGCCUGCUGCGUUCCGAGUCAGAUCGUAAGACUCGCAGCACAGUGGGUAGUGCACCCUCAUCGCCCAAGCACCAAAGAUCAAACAUGAGCACGCCGGGCAUUAGUGUUGGCCCUGGCUCAGCAGCCGCGGCAGCUGCUGCCACUGGUCAAGCCGUGGAGGCAUUGCACGAUCAGGCAUCCAUGUCGGCCUCCUAUUCGGGCGCAACGCGUCCCUCCGGCGUGCAUCAGUACCAUCAGAAGCAGCAGCACUACAACAACGCCAUGUCCCGCAGCAUGGAGGGACCACGUAGCCUGCCCGUGCACAGCCCGGCGCAUCGGCCUCUAUCGAACAGCAGCACACUGGAGCGCAAAUCGCGAUUCUCGCGCGGCUUUGCGCUUUUCUCGUCGGGCAGCCACUUAGCACAGACGCAACAAGAUCAGAAGGAAAACCUACGCGGUGAGCAGGUGACCGUUUGCAAUGAUUGCCAGGGUCUCGUCAAUGAGAUCACCAGUUCCGUGAAGCAAAAGCGUAGCUCGGCACGCAAUCGGACGAUACAGAAUCUCACGCUGGAUCUGACGCCUGUCUGGAAAUAGACCAGAUGAAGGCGGUCUGCAGCACUAUUAACUACAUUAUACACAUUAUAUAUAAAUAUAUAUAUAAUAACUUACAUAUGCAUAUUUUGGAUGGACUGUUGUAUACAUAAGAUUGACAGAUAGGGUGAAAGAGAGAGGAGAGAAAGAGAGAGAGAGAGUUGGAGUUGAAGCAAGCGCUUAGUUAUCGUUGUAAAUCGUUAGAUCGUGUUAGUCUAGUGUUAAGUGUACAACCCCUAG